AUGAAUGUCAUGGGUGAUAACAAUGAUGCCGCUCCACCGGUCUCUUCUGGCCCCGUUAUGGACACUGGCAGUGGGAAGACCCUUGUAUCGAUUCUGCGUAUCAUCACCGAGCUAGAGAGGUGCCCCACAGACAAGCUGGUGUGGUUCCUGGCGCCGACAGUAGCUUUGUGUCUCCAGCAGCACGAUGUCAUUGCCUCACAAAUACCAUCCGUCAAAACCCGGGUUCUGACUGGCCGUGAUAAUGUCGACCGAUGGACUGAACAGGCUAUCUGGAACAAUGCCCUGAAGGAUGUCCGCGUUGUUUGUUCAACUUACGCGGUUCUUUCGGACGCAUUAAACCAUGGCUUUGUCCGAAUGUCACAGCUAGCGCUUCUCAUAUUCGAUGAAGCCCAUCACUGCAUGAAGGGCCAUCCGGCCAACAAGAUCAUGCAAUCCCACUAUCAUCCCACACGGGUCAAGCUCGGGCCGCAUGCUGUACCGCGGAUUCUGGGACUCACAGCAAGCCCUAUCGUCAGAUCGAACCCACGGGGGCUACAGGCCAUAGAGACGAAUCUGGAUGCCGUAUGUAAGACACCCCGAAUAUAUAGAUCUGAGCUGCUCAAGCAUGUCCAUCGACCACAUCUUGAGUGCAUUCCUUACCCACCUUGCGAGAUGGCACAGCACGGCGCUGGCAGUCGACUGCUUCCCUCUCUCGUUAGAUGUAUCGAAUCCUACGACAUACGGGAUGACCCCUACAUCGAAUUGCUUCGACAAAGGCCGGGGAAAGCAUUAGAGGCGGAGGAUCUUGUCAAGUCCGGUGGGACCUAUUGCAACCAGCAGCUUGCAAAGUUUCUUGAGCGCAGCAAUCAUAUGUACGAGGAACUUGGUGGCUGGGCGACUGAUUAUUUUAUUGAAGCAUCGAUUGAUCAGCUUCGGCGAUCGAUAGAGGAGGAUACUGCAAUGACGAGACUAGACCGCACAGAGAGAGUCUAUCUUCUGGAGCUUCUGCUCGGUAUGUCGUUACCGGAGGGAACCAUGGAGAGCACUCACAUAUCCCCCAAGCUGGAGAUUUUACUCUCCUCUCUUGUAAACAUGGACCACCCGGAGUUCUCUGGCAUGAUAUUUGCCCAAAGACGAGCGACAGUCAAUGUGCUGACAAAGGUCUUAUCGCUGCACCCUGCGACAAAGGGCCGCUUUCGCUGUGCGUCCUAUGUUGGAUGGUCAAAUAGCACUGUUCGCAGAGAGUUUCUGGGUGAUCUGCUUACUCAGGAUAUGCAGCGUGACACACUUUCUGAGUUCAAAGCUGGUCGUAAAAAUUUGAUCAUAGGUACUGAUGUGCUUGAGGAAGGUCUAGAUGUCAGCGCCUGCCGCUUGGUCAUCUGCUACGACAGACCCGCGAAUCUCAAGUCUUUUGUCCAACGUCGGGGUCGAGCUCGUCACCCGCAAUCCACCUAUGUCAUCAUGCUUUCUGCGGAUGACGAGUCUCUGGUCGUCUCCAAGUGGCAGGAGCUGGAGGUUGCCAUGAUUGAAGCCUACCAGGAUGAUGAGAGGCAGCGACAAGAUGGGUGGAAGUCCCAGGCAACGCCGGAGAACGUUGACGAGUGGCUGUUCGUUGCCUCGACCAGGUACGCGUUCAUCACGGAUUCCAUACACAUCGAUCCUGACAAGUAUAUAAGUGCUCGCCUGUCUGCCGAUGAGGCAAUGCAACACCUGCACCACUUCUGCUCGUUACUGCCUACCAAUCAGUAUGUCGACAGCCGGCCCAUGUUCACCUUCGAGGAAGGCCUGAAUGGACUCAUCCGAGGCACGGUCACUCUUCCGAACUCUGUUCACCCUGCGGUUCGUCAAACCCAGGGUAAGGCGUGGUGGCGCACCGAGAACGCCGCCCGAAAGGAAGCUGCAUUCCAGACAUACAAGGCACUUUGGGAGUAUGGCUUGGUCAACGAUAACCUUUUGCCCUUGACGCGAAAGCCCGAGCUCAGGUUCACUGAAGACAUGGCCUUGCCAGCUCUAUUGGAAUGUUCGGAGCAAUAUGACCCCUACAUUAAUCUAGCCCACGAUUGGGUAAUGCCGGAGCCUCAUCAGACAAGCAUUACAGUGUUGGACAACAGUACCGGCGCCGUCAGCCAAGACCUGUUGAUGUCAAUUGUCCUGCCUAAGUGGACGCCCAUGCCAGAGCCACUGACUUUGUUUUGGGAAAAUAAAACGACUCUGACCGUUACUUUUGGAUCAAGUCUGCCGGUCACACCGAUGCCGACGCCAGAGAUCAUCCAGCACAUGAGAAAUAUCACAGCCAUGUACCUCCAAGCCCCAUCGACCCGCGUCCAGGUAGACGACAGCGGCUUCGUCGCUCUUUUUGUUCCCAGUAUUCCAUGCGAGCAACUAGAAAGCUGGCUUCAGCAGAAUGAAGGCACCGAAAAGGCUGUGGAUCUCUAUGCUAGUGAUCCAUCCUGCUCUCCCGUCGGCAUCAUUCGCGACAAGGGAAAAUACAGUGAGCCACGCCUGUUCCGCAUGUGGCAUCAUUCAGAAGCACUCGAGAUUGAAUGUCACAGCCUGCCCAAACGGCGGAACCUUUUGCAGUAUCGAAACCCCGCGCAGGCUGGAGAGGAUCAGGAAGAAGCUACCCCGAAGAUGCACACCAUCCCAGCCGCAGGCUGCGUCGUGGACAAACUGCCAUGGAAAAAGUCCAUGUUUGGGCGAUUCAUAUCAGCAAUCCUUGACCGUUUCGAAGCCACCAUGGUCGUACAUAGACUCAAUGACACCAUCCUUAAGGGUGUUGGAAUCCAGAAUAUCAGCCAUGUCUUGACGGCCAUCACCACGCCCAUCGCACAGGCAUCAACGAAUUACCAGCUGUAUGAAUUCUUCGGGGACUCCAUCUUGAAAUUCACCGUGAGCUGUCAGCUGUUUUUCUCGCAGCCAACCUGGCAUGAGGGGUACCUUUCUGAAAGCCGUGAUACGCUUAUUCAAAAUAAACGACUUGCCCGAGCGGCCUUGGAUACCGGGCUCGAUCAAUAUAUCCUGACGAACCGGUUCACGCCUCGCAAAUGGGAUGCCCCAUUGAUCUCGCGAAAAGCAGCGAUGGCGGCGAGCGAACCUAAGCGCAAGCUCUCAAUGAAGGUGCUGGCAGACGUCGUCGAAGCCCUAAUCGGCGCGGCAUAUAUGGACGGCGGCCUGCGCAAAGCACAGGCUUGUCUGCACCGGUUCCUCCCAGAGAUAGACAUUGCACGACUUGUUCCGGCAGUCGGUACACUGGCAGAAGAAAGGGUUGCCAGUAACCUCAUUGACGCAGAUCGAAUCGGCCAAUUGAUUGGAUACACCUUCAAAGACGCCUCACUUCUAACCGAGGCACUGACGCAUCCCUCAUGCGAACAUGAUACACACACCCAGUCCUAUCAGCGAAUUGAGUACCUUGGAGAUGCGGUGCUUGACAUGGCGGUUGUAUCCGUGCUAGCUGAGAGAGAUCUGAGGUUUGCAGAAGGUAAGAUGACCCUGAUCAAGCAUUCGGUAGUCAACGCGGGCCUUCUAGCGUUCCUGUGCAUGGAGAUGGGCAUCGAUGACAUCUAUCUAUGGAAGUAUCUACGCUUCAACGGGCCAGUCAUCCAGGCUGCCCGGGAUGCAUCCCUCGGAAGACACAAGGAACUACGAGAGGAGAUUCUCCACGAGCUAAAGCAUGGAUCCAAGUAUCCCUGGGAGUUAUUUUCGCGUCUUCGGCCAGACAAAUUCCUGUCUGAUAUUGUUGAAAGCACACUUGGCGCCAUUUUCAUUGAUUCAGGCUGUGAUUUCUGUCUCGGCUAUUGUACGGCUUUUGUGGAGAGACUCGGGUUGCUUCUAUAUGUGCGUCGCAUCAUCUCGGACGGUGUGGACCUGCAGCACCCGCGGAACAGGGCACAGGACCUAGUAGCAAAGACUGGAGCCCAACUUUUAUUCAAGACAAAACGUGUGGAAGCCUCCGUGGCUACCUACCACUGCUCUGCAACAAUCAACAAAAAGGAGAUCGCGUCCAUCCAGGGCUGCGCUUCUGCCGAUGAGGCUGAAGUUAAAACCGCACUGUUGGUCAUCGAAAAGUUCGCAGAACAAAAUGCGGAUCCUAUCGCUUCAACAAAUCAAUCAUAA